UUUAGAAAGGGGUCAGGGUUCCGGGGUUCUCUUAAGAUCUCAGUCAGGAAGUGUGUCCUGCCUGCUGCAUCGCCACUCAUCACCUGGUGAAACUGACGCACACUGGCACCAACCUCUCAGUGGACAAUUAAACAGGAAGCGAGGAGAGACAGGCUCAUUCACACGGAGUAAGACUGGGCAAAGCCAUUGUGAUUCUGACGAGAAAACCACACACUAGCUCUAUGCAGAGAACACCCAUAGCAAAGAGCAUCACACAUACCUCCUGUACAGCACGCUCGAAUGGACAGUUUUGUUGGUAGGUGUGAAAACCAAUGAGACCAUUGCAAAUAAAGUGAAAUUGUGACGUUUUGGGAAGAUUCUAAGGAAAACGGCUGAAUUUGAUAUUUCACUUCUUCAUAUAGAGGGAAGACUGCUGAGUUUUUUUUCUUCAUAUUGUAUGUUCCAGUGACUUUCACAUCUUCAAAAUCAAAUCUUCAAUUAAAGGAGGAGUAGUGCUGGGUGCGAGGAUGAACGGCAGCCAUUCAAACCUGUCUCUGAAGUGUGUGCGUGACACCAGCGUGACGGCAGUGGUCUUCCCCUGGCUCUACAGCGCCCUCUUCCUGUUUGCUCUGGUACUGAACUGCUUGGCUGCAUGGAUCUUCUUCAACAUCCGCAGCACCACCACCUUCGUGGUCUACCUGAAGAACGUAGUGGUGGCGGACCUGCUGAUGACUCUGUCCAUCCCAGUGAAGGUCCUGGCGGACGCCGACGUGGGCUCCUGGCGUCUGCGUGCGUUCUACUGUCGCUACUCUGCCGUCCUCUUCUACACCACCAUGUACAUCAGCAUCCUGCUCCUGGGGCUCAUCAGCCUUGACCGCUACCUCAAGAUAGUCAGGUCCUUUAGGAAGUGCGCCCUCCGGAGGGUCGGGGUGGGACAGGCCUUGAGUGCGGCCGUCUGGGCUGUGAUGGUGUCUCUGGCUCUGCCCAAUACCAUUCUGAGUGACCGCACACCGUCGCCCUCUGGUGGCCGGCUGAGGUGUACCUCCAUGAAGGGUCAGGCCGGCAUGCUGUGGCAUGAGGGAUUCAACUACUUCUGCCAGGUGGUGUUUUGGGGCACACUGGCUCUGAUGCUGUUGUGUUACACCUUCAUCAGUCGGAAAGUCUACGAAUCCUACAAAGCCUCGCGUAGUGGCUCCAAAGCAGCCAGCCGCAGGACCAAGGCCAAAGUCUUCGUGGUGGUGGGGGUGUUUUUCAUUUGUUUCGCCCCUUUUCAUUUCGCCAGGGUGCCCUACACUCUCACCCAGACCCGAAACAUAGCCAACCACUGCCAGGCGCAGAACGCACUCUACGUUGCCAAGGAGACCACUCUCUGGUUGUCUGCCACUAACGUGUGUCUGGACCCGCUGAUCUAUGUGUUCCUGUGCAGGGCUUUCCGGAAAAGAUUGACAGACAUGCUCAAUCGCAAGCCCUUCCCCCAGGGCGCUUUGGAGUCAGCCAAGGCAACCUCCACUCAGUUGGAGAUGUCACAGACUGUGCAUAACAGAACGUUAGAUGUCAGUUCGGCCUAGAAUCAAAAAGGACAGGUUUUUUGUUUCGGCCCUGUAGAAUUGUACAUCUAUAUUGGUCUGAUGUUAACCCUGGAUAAAUUGUGACCAGAGUAAAGCCCUCCAAACAUCUUUGGAUAAGUGGCUCUGUCUUUUUUUUAUAGUAUUUUGUUAUUAUUUUUUAUUUACUUUUCAUUAUU